AUGAUUCUGAAGAGGAAUAUUUAUUCUUGUGUUCCUGUACUGCUUCAGUCUGACUGUGGUCAGUUGCUACAGCGUCCACCUUCUAGCCCUUGCCAACCAUCAAAUCAAUGCGGGCAUCCUGAUCAGUGGUUUCCCACAACUCAAGCACCUGACCAUCAGCCACUAUGGCGCAAGGAGGUGCACCUGCACCUCCGGUCGCCGGAAAAGUCCAUUAGAGCAGCUGGAGUUGCACCUCUGCUUCACACCAGAGACGCACGCAACGUGUUCGACGAAAUGCCCAAACCACCUGGGCACUGCACUGCAGCUGCUGCACACAAAACUGCAAGACCUCCUAUUCUUUUCCUUCAACUUUCGUUAUGCCAACUUCUAAACCCCCUUUGCUUCACUCUCAAAAUGCACACAAAAUUUGUACUCAAUUGGGCUCCACAGAAGCUCAAAGUCCUUACCCGAAGAGAUGAAAUUCCAUCUGGGUAUGCUGCAUUUCUUCCUCAAUGGCGUAAAUUACAUUCAACUUUUAGUUGGUCCAAUUGGGUUCUUCUCUAA